UACACAAAAUUAAUUAAGAAAUGUUAUCCAUCGAUUAAACAAAAAAAUAUACAAAAUACACCGCCGGCGACAUCGUUUAUUAUACAUCGGGCUGGUUACUGUGAACGGAAAGUAACCGCCACAGCAUAACAUUGCGUUCCAUCUUCUUCCACAGCCGCCAUCACCAUGCCCCCUUCCAAGGUCAUAUCCAAAUCAUCGUCAUCAACAUCACCAUCACCACCACCACCGCCACGAUCAUCAUCAUCGAAAUCAUGGACAAAUAACAUAUCCUCUGUAGCAGCACGCAUCUUCUUCGUCCUCAUCAUCUUUCAGAUCCCUCUUUUCAGGGUGACUUGCAGAUCUGGCACGUGCACGACGCCAUUGCACGUGACAUCGUCGCAGUUGAUUUCGAGUGAGAUAUUCCCUGUUCCUGUUGUGAAGGCUCUUCUGUUCCCUGGUGCUGCUGUGAAUGGACUCAUCCAUAACAUGACUGUUCCAAAAUGGGGUGAUUUGUUGGAAUUGUAUAACUUGACCAAUGUUAAGGAAGCUUCUGCUGUUACUGAUCUUCAACGCUUGGAGGUUCUUGCUGGAAGCUACUUCUCAGUGGCAGGAUCACUCGUGGGUAUCCUAAAACCCGGAAAAAUGAGCAUGUUCGGGACACUUCUUAUAGUUUGGGGACUGGUCAAGGAAGGAGUUUUGGGGAAACCAGUAAGUACUGAUCCUUCAAAAGCUGCCUAUGUCUAUCCAACGAUGAUUCUUGCCUUGAUCUGUGCUUUCGCAUCUGUAAAGUAUGAUUUGAAGAAGGCUAAUAGAUUAUCAGCACGUGCCCAGUCAACAGCUAGACCACUUUCUAGUUCAUCUAAAUCUAAGCUGAAAUAAGCAUGCUCAUGUUGACAAGUCCAAAUUGUACGCAUUUCUCACAAACUAAUUUUGGAACAUAUAGUUCAGUUUUUUUUUUCAAGAAUGAUUGCUGUUUUAGUUUUCCUUAAUUCUUGUACUUGGAUUUGUUGUUAUCUUGGAUGUGUAAAAUAGAUUGUUUAGCAAAUUAUUUUUUGGGAGAUGUUAAGUAACUGAUAAAAAGCUAUUAUUCUGCUGAUUUCAGUUACUUAUUUUGGACUAAAUACCAAUGAACUGAUUUUUGUAAUAAA